AUGGAAGCACUCCGAGAUGGAACACGCUGCCGGGCGACUCGUGUGAGUACAACCACCUCUUCACGGGCAUGUACGUCCUCGUCAACUUCGGCUACAACAUCUUCAUCCUGCUCGUCACCAAGCACGCCUCGGCCACGCUCUUCACGCUGGCCUUCGCCCUGCGUCUGCCGAGAAGACAGAAGUAGCCGUUCUGGAUCUGGUCGGGGAUGUCGCUCGCCGAGAUGCCGCCGAAACCGGGGAGCAUGGUGA